AUGUACGUGGGUGCGUGGCAGGAGUACAAGCUCAUGAAGGUCAUUGAGAGCCUUCGGGAAGAGAAUGAGCGUCUACGGCAUGACGCCUCGGGAUCCCCAGAUGGGCUUACUGCGGCGACCUCACCGUGGUGGGGCGUUGACGCUGGCCAGGGAAGUAGUCAUCACUUCCCUGUUAGCAUCGGGGAUGUGCCGACGGGUGGAGCUGCGUCAGUUGACAACUCUGUGACUUUGGCUCACAUUGUGCCCACAGCUGCUGUACCGCGGUCUGUGCCACGCAGGGUUCCUUCGAAUUUAAAAAACACGACCCUACGCCUCAUGACAGCCGUGCAUGGCGUCGGCGUGUUUGUUGAGGAGACGGAAGACGCCCAUGUGGCACCUAUGAGUGGCCCCGCCAGCGUUGGAUUCAAAAGUUGCAGUGAGGGGGUGGAAAACAACAAGGCCCCCUCGCUCUCAAACAGAAGAUUGUGCGAGCGGGUGGCUCAAGUACAGUUGAGCCCCAAGGAUUGCAAGAGCUCUGUGGAAGAUAACCCCGCCACCGUUGUGCAUACGGAAAUAGGCACUGGCAGGAUUCUUGGUGCCUCUCACCAGCUCACCCCGCCCUCAACAGCCAUGUAUGCUGCUGCCGUUUUGUUGCCGUCCCUCAUGGAUUCGCCGCAAGCCCGAGACAAUUUGCUUUUAAAGGAAGUGCUGCGUGGAGCUCCAUUAGACACCAAGACAAAGUAUCAACAGGCGGGUCAGCCGCUACCGGAACGACACGCACCGAAAAAGUCAAAAAAAAGUUCUGGGCUUACUGACGAAGAGGUGCAACAACGCAUCGAGCGACGACUUCGGUUGCAGAUGUUGUAUACUGGCAAUUUAUCCGCCGCUGAGCAUGUUUCUUCCGGCAUUGGCGGGCCUUUGAAGGGGCAUCAGGGUCAGGGUAGUGUAGCACUACCACCAUUAGAGUCAGAAGUACAAGCACGACAAGUAGUCGGCUUUGCGACUGGCACUGGACAGGCGUUCCCGGGUGUACCGUGGGACUUUUCCGCGUUUGGGCCUCCCAACGCCUCUGCAGAAGAUGAUGUAACCCUUGUUUGUACUUCUGCGGCGCCGUCUGCGGCAAUUGACAAGGAGCGGGGGGCGUUCCAACGCGUUUUCUCAUCAUUUUCCACUCACAAUCGUUUGAGGCAUCCUUACGAUGUGGGAGCUCCGUUAUCACCGCCGACUGUGGUUGCCACCUCCUCUUACACAGGUGCAAAGUCCCCGUUGGAUCUUUCAGGUAGUGGAAAAACUGCAGAGGGAGGUGAUGGACGUGGCAACAGUCGUCUUGGGGGGGAUGCAUUUAGAAACUCGUGUGGCGGUGACCUGCUUUAUGAUAUCAGGAGUGGUUACAGUGUGCACAGUGCGCUAAACCCACCGGGGGCUCAAUUUGACAAGGCAGAUUCCAACGAAGAGCCUCAUGUUUCUGUGAGCAGUGCAGGUUCCCUCCAUUGUACGAGAGUGUAUGGUAGAACAUCCUUAGAAGCAGAUCCCAUUGAUGAUGACGCAAUAGGCAUGUUGAUUAACUGGGCCGAGCAGUUGGAUCCCGACAGCAUUGCCUGA